UGAUGUUAUGUUGUUAUCCUAUUUUGUUAGUUUAGUUUUUGGUUUGAUUACAAAUUCAAAUUCGCAAUAUAAAUAUAUAAUAACAACUUACUAACAAAUCCUGUUCUCUAAUAUCCCUCUUGAGUUCUGAGUUUUGACAAGAAGCCAGAAGUGAGGAGUACUCAGGAUACAGGCACACUAAGAUCACAGAAAUUGAUCAUCGAUACUUUUAUACGUGUUGUAAACGUAGAAGCAGACAUAAUAUAUUAUAUUUAGAAGAAGAAUUUUUUUUAGUGAAACUUUUUCUUAUUUGAAAACUGAAUAUGGAUGUCAACAAUUUUCUUCAAUUUUGCCAUGAGAAAGUGAAUUUACACCCUGAUUUUGUUCUGAAUCAAUGUGAUCCUAAUACUAUCUCAUAUAUCCGUCCAUUUUGUGUAAGUGGUUUUGAAAAACCCAUAGUUGGCUACAUUUAUAAAAAACAUCCCACAAAAGUUGUGAAUUCUAUUGCUAAAAAUUGUUCUAGUUCUGAGGAAGAAGAAUAUGAUGAACUUGAAUUAACUGGAAAUCCAUUAGAAUGCCCUUUUAGUCCUAUAAAGGCUCAAAAAAUUCAAGUAGAAAUAAACAAACCAGAAGAUAGUCAUUUUCCUUUAAAUUUGCUUCAAGCAAGGCGAUUAGUAUACUUAAAAUUAAAGGAUGAACAGUUUUUAAGUGUACCAUUAUUUAUAUUAUGUGAUGGAUUAAAAAACAAUACAAUUUUAUUGGGCGGUGAUGUAUCUGAAGGAUGGCAUUCUCGUUACUGGGGCGAAUAUAAAGGACGUAAUGAUGUGGCACAUGAUGAGCUUUCUGUACAAAAUAUGAUAGAAACACAUAAAAAAUUUCCUCAAGUGUCAUCAAUGAUUUUAGAGUCCAAAGUGUCUGCAGUUAUAAAUUUGACUUCAGCUACUAACACUGAAGAGUUUACAUUUAUUGAAAAUGGGCCAGGCAUGGUUAUACUUAAUCUUAGCUGGCGACGACCAUCUCUUUUUGCUCCUCUCAUGUCAACAGAAUCAUUUAUUACUGUUCAGUGUAUAUUAGGCCAAGAAACUAGUCCAUUACACUCAUUAUGGCACCAAUUAUUAUUUUUAGAGGAUCUAAUAGAACAAUUAACAUAUUUGAAAGAUGAAUGUUUGACAAAUAGGAAUAACAUUGUGUUUCCUCAGUUUCAAGGCGAUAUAAGAAGCUGUGCCAAUGGAAAAAUUGUUGAAAUGUUUCCUGCUAUGUUGCAAAGCAUAUCCUCUACAUUGUACAAACGAGGUAAGUUUGGAGAACAAGAAGAUAAUGAUCAAAAGUUAUUUUGUCAAUGUGUCAGAGAUGUUAUUGCUGCAGAAUGUAUUCAACAAGAAUUUACCGAUAAACUUUGGACCUAUUUAUUAGAAUGCAGAUCAUAUAAUGAUCUAAUUGAAUGUUUCAAACAUUUAUACAAAGCAGUAAGAAAUGAAACUUUCAAACCAUUGAUUAAAUCAACAAAUGGUACACGAUUAGCUCAAAUCUUAAAAUCAUUACCAGGAAAUACAGCGUCUAAUCCAGAAAAACUUUAUGACCCUGUUCAGUUAUUAAUUGAAAUUGGAAUUGAAAAACUUAAAAAUGAUUACACCCAAGCCUUUUUAAUUUCUAAGUUAGCUUUAGCAGAUCAUUUAAAAUUAGAAAUGAACAAUAAAUUUUGCAAUAUUGAUUAUUCAGAAUGGUGGACAACAUUAAACUCAUGGAUGAUUUGGUUAUGUAGAAUUCAUACAGUUUUAGAUUUAGCUGCUGUCACUGAAUCCAUGUUAAAUAUAACUACACAAAGUAUGAUGCCUGUCAUUACAAAUGCUUUGCGUUAUUAUCUUGGAGAUGCAUCUCCUAUAAAAGCCAUCACUUCUGUGAAAACAUUACCACUACAGAUUUUUCGAUCAUCAAUCAAUACACAUUUUAUUGAACAUCAUAUACCAAAAGCUUUUACAUAUGACAGUUGGACAUUACAAUUAACAUCACAAAAUAGUAAUCGACGUGUUAUUAGUAUAUUUCAUCGCAAUGCUGAAAAUAUAUUGCCUAAACAAAUAUGCAAAGAUAUUACGAAUGGCGAAACCAAGGAAAAAUUAAUGGACCAAACAACUGUACCUCUAGAAACUUAUUACUGCAUCAACUUUCACUUAUUGUCAGAUCAUUUAAGUUAAUUUUCUGAUUUUAAUUAUUUUUAUUAUCUAUAAUAUUUAUGUAUGUUUACUGUUUAGGAUUUUUCAAUGUCUAUUUUUAGUAAAAUUUAUAUAACAGUAUAAUAAAAGAAAACACUAUUUUGUUAUAAAAUUAAAAUAAAUUUUGUAUUAAAAUAUUUUUCAAAUUUAUUAGUUUUUAUUUUAUGUGUAUUAAAGUCUGUUCGCGGAGAGACCAGGACUGCGCGGCGGAUGAAAACUCGUCAAUCUCCACCCACUAAAACUCGUAACAGCUAUGUGCCACCUGCCACCACUGUCAGUUAUGUGCGCCAAACGGUCCUGGUCUCUCGGCAAUCUGAGUAUAGAAUUGAAAAUAAUUUAAUUUUUAACCUGAGUUUUUUUUGUAUUUGUGUUUUCGAUUUUAAAAAACUAAUAUGAAAUAAUCAUAUAAAAUAUUAUUUUGUAUAAUCCUGUUAUUUCAUUGGCAUGCAUAAACUAAUUUUGGAUAGUGGUCCAUGGAGAUAAUGAUAAUAUUUUUAUUUUACAAAUUGUUGAUUCAUACUCAUAGACUUUGGUAUUAUUCUCAUAUUACUUACUCUUGGUUCUAUGACUUAUGAAUAGUAUCUUUACAAAAUCAAUGAAAAUAAAAUAUUA